UGCAACCCGUCGCACGCAUCGUCUUGCUGCGAUGGCGUCGGUGCCACCGCGCUUCUUCCACUGCCCGCCACUGCACACUGCGCAGCGCGAGGCGUACGUCCAGCUCGCACUCGCCGCGUCGCAAGACACGCUCCUCAAUGCGCUUCACAUGCAGCGCGCGCGUGCGGCCAAGGUGUGCACGAGCAAGGCCACGGGUGCCACAGCCCGCGUACGUCUGUCAAGCUCUUGUGCUCGCAUACUUACGAACGAACUACGGAUGCUAGAUCUGCCGCGGCCGCGAUCGCGUCGACCCAAGCGUGCCUGGCGCCGUCGCCUCGACACAGCUCCACGGCUGCCGGCUCGAUGACGUCGUAGCUUUCUUUGAUUUCGAUCAACUGCCCCAGCGAAGAGCGUUUGGCGUUGUCAACGGCCAGACGUUGUAUACGCUUAUCGAACGGUCGGAGGCGCAGCCCAUGCACUACGUUGGCCUGCACUGGGUCGCCUGUGCGAGCCCGCUCGUCGGCGUUGCACCGCGUGACUAUUGUGUCCUCGAGUAUCAAGAUGCAUUUGUCUACUUUGACGAGGCGAGCGGCAAGGAGCGUCGUGGGUGGCUGCGCAUGCUGCACUCGAUCCCGUCGCCGUCGUGCCCGUCGCUCCGCAGCUCGCACGGCCUCGUACGGGCCGAGCUCUUCCGCUCUGGACACGUAUUCAUCGAGACCGACACGCCGGGUGUCCUCGACUACCACAAUGUGCUCUGCGCCAAGUACCACGGGUCGCUCCCUCAAUUCCUCGCGGCUAAUACCAUGGUGUCCCAAGUGAGCCAAGUGCUGCAGCUCCAGGAACAACUGACGCCGUCUGCGUCAUCGGUCUUUGUCAAAGCCAAGCGCGCGCACUGCCACCGGUGCAGUGUGAAAUUCUCGAGUUUGUUUCAACGCUCCCGCACCUGUGACUACUGUGUUGAGGUCUAUUGCCGGCGCUGCUGCCGCGUGCGCGGCGACGACUACAUUUGUGCGGCGUGCGAAGCGCCUCAGUUUACACUCAGUCGAGCCGAGCGCUCGGUCAAGGUGCGCCCGAGCUUGCGCGCGACGCAGGCGACCGACCGAUCGACCCAGUCGUCGUUGGCCGGGGACGUUGCCUUCUCGGACCCGACACCCGAUGACGCGGCGUGCGUCAUCGAGGGCACAUUUACCUUUAUCGCGUCGUCGCGGUCGCUCGUCGUGCAACAAGAGAUUGCACUUCUCGAAGUCCAGCCAAAGCAUCCAGUGCCGCCGAUCGAGCGCAAGCGAACGUUCUCGGACGGUGCCGUGCCGCUCUUACAGCACCCGCAGCGCGACUCGACGCAGACAUCAUCCACCAAGAAGAAGCUCUAUGUGCUCUACGAAGACCCGCUACGACCCCUCGAGCCGUCGGCGCUCGACGAGACGCUGGGGACUGCGCGCCUUGCACUGCAGAGCCAACGGAGCAACCAAUUGUACAGCAUUUUGCGCUCCAAAUACGACGCGCCAGACGGCAACGAGCACCGAAAGAAGGUGAUCGAGCGUCUCUGUGUCGACCUCCUUCGGCCAAACGAGGCAGCACCGACUGCCUCUGUAUAG